AUGAUGCCAGCCAGACAGUCGAUGGAGGGCAAAGCGCACGGGGCUACUAUUGCAGGGCAGCAUUGUGGCAGCCUCAAUCUUUACCAUCAUCAUGGGCAUCAUCAUCAGUGCAGACGCCAUCACCCGAAAGUCGGGUCCCCUUCAUCGUCUGGCCCCAGCCAGACUCCUCUUCGUUGUCGUCAAGUAGGAGGAGCUCUUGCAACGGACCCCUCGGCAGCUUUUGUGUUGGCAGUAGAGGAUGCUCUGGCCUCCUGUGAUAUCGAUUCCCCAGGCGCUCGCACUGCACCUCCUCAACACCCCUCCCUCAGUGCUAUCAGACAAUCGCCGGAGGUUUAUCGCGCUGUUUGGAAAGAAUACUACCAGCUCAGGUCAGUCUCUCAGCUCCAAUACCUACCUAAUUAA